GUGCCGCGAUGGCGGGGCGAGCUCGCGGGUCGGCGCGCGUCCUCCUCGCCCAGCUGCUGGCGCUGGCGCUGGCCUUGUUGGCGCUGCUGGCGCCGCCGGCGCUGGGCCGGGGCGGCCGGGAUCACGGGGACUGGGACGCGGCCGCGCUGCUGCCGCCGCUGCCGCCCCGCGAAGAAGCGGCGCGCGUGGCCCGCUUCGUGGCGCACCUCUGCGACUGGGGCGCGCUGGCCACCAUUUCCACGGUGCAGGCGGUGCGCGGCCGGCCCUUCGCCAACGUCUUCUCGCUCAGCGACGGGCCCCCCGGCGCGGGCAGCGGUGUGCCCUACUUCUAUCUGAGCCCUCUGCAGCUCUCCGUGGGCGACCUGCAGGAGAAUCCAUAUGCUUCGCUGACAAUGUCUUUGGCACAGACUGACUUCUGCAGGAAACACGGGUUUGAUCCCCAGAGUCCCCUCUGUGCUCACAUAAUGCUGUCGGGAAGUGUUACCAAGGUGAAUGAGACAGAAAUGGAUUUUGCAAAGCAUUCCCUAUUCACUCGGCAUCCUGAGAUGAAGACCUGGCCUUCUGACCAUAAUUGGUUCGUUGCUAAGUUAAAUAUAACCAAUAUCUGGGUCCUAGACUACUACGGUGGAGCAAAAAUAGUGACACCUGCAGAAUAUUAUAACGUCACCUUUCAGUGAAGCAGAAUGUGGCAAAUGGAACCACACCGGUGAGGCUUCUUGGGAUGCCUCAGACAGUUGUAAAGGGCUUCACGUUUUUCUACGGAAAGUUUCCCAAAAGAUUAACCAGUUUUCCUUCACACGCUGGUUUGUUUGCUUGCUUGCUUCCUUACCAAAUAGAGUUGGACUGUUCCGGUUUUGUUGGAGGAUGUGGUUCUUACUUUUUCUUUUCUUUUUUUUUCAUAUUUUGAAGCCAUUUUCAUAGAGAAAUGUCUUUUAUUAAGAUCAAAGAAGCUAUGUUCCAUCAAUUCCAAGUAUCUUUUUUUCUAACAGUGCUCCUUAAAGAGGAGCAAGUAUCAGAUUUCGCUUGCCCAUUGGCAUUCGAAGGUACUUGUUCUUUACUCCUGGGAGCUGCCCCGCUCCGGGAGGAUGCCUGAGCCUGGCGCAGAGGGGUCGGCCCUGUUACAGAGUGCCUGAAUGAAUCUUGCCAAGACAAACAUCCGUGAAACACAGGUGGCGCUUCCUGCUCAUGGUCAACUUAUGGCCAACGAUCCUGGGUGUUGUUGAUCCAACACAGGACGAAAAUAUUUUUCAUUAAUAACUUUUUUUUUUAAUUUAAAAUCUGAAGUGAUAAUAACCUAAAUAAAAAGGAAGUUCAGAAGCUUUUCCUGAACUUGAUUUUCCCACCUGUUUUUUUUUUUUUUUUUUUUUUACUGUGUAACCAUUCAGCACACCACACACGUGCACACACUCGCGCUUUCUCUCUCUAAUUUUUUAGCCCCAAAAUGAGGUUGCAAAAGAAAAAGAAGGUAGGGAUUUUUGUGCAUAAGUGCUGAUCUUCUCAUAUAGGUAGAGUUAAGCCACACGUGGACUAGCUUCAGCCAGGGUCAGAAUCCCGUCUUCCAACCACUCUCCAUAGCUUUCCUAACUCUGUGGCUCUCAGCAGUUGCUAAUGCCGCUACUCAUUUCAUCGGAGGGAUAAUAACAUGGCUUUAAAAAGUUACUUUUCUUCAGAAAAGAAGCGAUUUGGUUUUGUUAUCUCUGUACGUGAUUUCAGAAGACAAUGCAAGAUUCCUCUUGAAAAGUCGUGUCAGGAGGGAUCCAGCCACUGAGUUCUUUAAUGGCUAAGAGAAAGGAAGUUGAAUGUCAAGUCAUUAUGCUGGAAAACUACAAACUGAACUGAAAUCCAGCAAACAGCCUCUGUUUAAGAAAAAAAAAAUUAUUUGUAUUGCAUUUAGUAAAAUGGGUUUUCUUACUCACAGUAUAAAUGACUAAAGGUGUUAUUUUCAUGAAACGUGUUGGGUUCCUUAAACAUAGAACUUUAUUACACUCUGUUUCAUUGUCUGCUGUCAAAACCCUUGUUUUCUGCUUUUUAGCAUGUUCUUAAGAAGACAGCCAUUGGCUGUUCGAAAAUUGGAAACAAAAAAUGCCAUUAGCAUAACCAUUUCCCAUUAGCAAAAAGCUCAUCGCAUCCUACAUUUUUGGGGAGGAGCACAACCAGCCUGGAUCACCUGUCCUGCCUCGGGGCCUCCAGUGCCAAGGUCCCUGGGAUUGCAUCAGGUCGAGACAUCCGUCUGUUUUAUUUGUUUUUCCUUUACCCACAUAUUGCACGUUUUCUUUUUAGCCUUUGAUGUCACAUAAAAACAUCUACAUUCAGGUAAGAUCCAGUCAUCAUACAGAGUAACCCAAAACCAAACCCAUUGCCAUCAAGUGGGUUCAGACUCACAACGACCGUAUAGAGCAGAGUAGCUGGUAGAUUUGAAUGGCAGACCUCUUGGUUAGCAGCAGAGCUCUUAACCACCUUACCACCUGGGCUCCAGUCUGGAGUGUGUCACUGUUAUAUCUUGGUUGGCCACCAGAGGGCACUGUAGACUACUUUUUGUGCAGGUGCUGCUGGCCGGUACAGCUGUGCUAAUCAAAGUCCCACAACAGUUCCUCUAGGAUGGCCUAGAGGGAGUGACCUUGGGAUACAGGUAGCCCAGCAAGGGCACGAGGAGAAGAGAGGCAUGGUUUUCAUAUUGCUGGUGAUGGGCGUUCAUGGAUUUAUACCUCUCAUGCACGCUGUCUCCCAUCUGGCUUCUGGUCCGCCUGAAUCACACCGACUGCAAAACAGGGACAGACCUCUGGCCUUAGACGGGGGAUGACUGCCUUCAAACGGGGCUGGCUUUGGCCCAGGGAGCAAGGCAACAGGUCCUGGUCAAGAAAAGACAAAAGUAGAAAGAGGGAGUGGCUGAGGAGUCUGAAGCUAGAGAGGCCCAGAUCUGUGCCCAGCUGGUCCAGGCCAUUCAUCUUCACUGCAGCGUGACCAAGACUCAGACCUCCUUCUGCCUUCUAGUCUAGGUUCAGGUUCUUUGCAGGUGUGUAGUAGGGUGGAACAAAGUCCUGUAUGAAAUGAGGGAGGUUCAACUAAAUGCAUAUGUAUCCUGACUGGAGGUUCUUGAUGUUGCCUUCUUGGUGGUGAUCAGACUGAAGGUCACUACGUAAUUGAAUAAGAGACUGUACCUUCUGCGGCAAGUUCCUUCGGUUCUAGUGCUAAGAAAUUUCAUGCUCUACUUUCUGUAAAGUGGGUUGGUCAAUAUUUUUUAGGUGAAUUGCAAAACCGUCACUUGAAAACCAGGGGUUCUAUAAAAUUUUAUUGAAGGAGGCAAUUCUAAGUCCUUUUUGCAAUUAAGGAGGGUGUCAAUGAAUAAAGCUUUAAUCUUUUUCUUAUUUUU